AUGGCAAACAGGGAUGCCGUUCCCGGUACCGUCCAUCUGGUCGACUUGGACCACACGAUGCACGCUCGUCACUCCAGUGCCACGGGCGACAUUGUGCUUGAUCCGUCGCCUUCCAGCGACCCGAAUGAUCCGCUCAAUUGGGCUCCUCGUCGGAAACUCCUCUCCAUGAUCUGCCAGAGCUUGUACACUUGGUUCACCGGAAUCGCAGUGUCCACGGUCUACUCGGUCAUCGUCCCCCUUUCUGCCGCGUCUGGUGUCUCCAUCGCCACCCUCAACGAAGGCACCGGUUAUAUGUUCCUGUUCCUUGGUUGGAGUCUGCUAUUCUGGCAGCCAUUCUCUCUGAGAUAUGGAAAGCGCCUGGCAUAUCUCAUUUCAAUCCUAGGAGCCAUCGGCACAAGUAUUUGGAGUGCAUAUGUCACUAGCAACGGAGAGUGGAUUGCCAAGUGCAUUUUGCAGGGAUUCUUUAUCUCACCCAUCGAGGCACUCCCAGAGAUUUCUGUCACUGACAUUUACUUUACCCACGAGCGCGGCACCUACAUGGGCAUCUAUGCCUUUACUCUAGCAGGAAGCAACUAUUUCGCCCCUGUCAUCUGUGGCUUUAUCGCUGAGUAUCAGGGGUGGAGAUGGGUGUUUUACUGGCCCGCCAUUUUCCUGGCUGUUGUCUUUGUUUUCCUCUUUCUUUUUAUGGAAGAGACAAACUACAACCGCGUCACUGGAGUCCAAGAGACGGCUUUGUCCCCAGAUUCGCCCACAGAGCCUGUAAAACCCACCGAAAAAGCCCCUGUCGAGAACCCACACCUGACAGAGAUUGGCGAGGUAUACGCGACCGAAAAGACCUUUGUCCAGAAAAUGUCCAUUUGGCAACCAUCUCCCGGUCAAAACAUGCUUCAUCGCGCGCUUCGGAGUUUGUCGUUUCUCACCUGGCCUGUCAUCUUCUAUGCAGGCUUCUCCUACGGGUCCUACCUGAUUUGGUUCAAUGUUCUCAACGCAACUGCUUCUCUUAUUCUCUCCGGAGCUCCAUACAACUUUGGUUCCUCCAUGGUUGGAGUUAGCUACAUCUCAUGCUGCGUUGGAGUCAUUGUCGGAUCUUUUAUUUCCGGCAGGCUGAGCGACUGGUUGACGAUCAAACUAGCCCGCCGGAACAAUGGUAUCAUGGAGGCGGAACAUAGGCUCUGGCCAUUUGUCCUCUGCGUCGUCAUGGUUCCAGCUUCCUUGAUCCUUUGGGGUGUCGGUGCUCAGCAUGGAGUUCAUUGGUUUGGACUCAUUUUUGCCAUGGGUUGCCUCGCCUUUACGUCCACCGUCGGCAUUACUCUGAGUGUCAACUACCUGAUUGACAGCUACCACAACAUCAGUGGCGAUGCCAUUGUCACGGUCAUCAUCGUUCGAAACACAAUGUCUUUUGCAAUUAGCUACGGAAUUACCCCGUGGAUUACCAACCUAGGAUAUCAGAACUGUUUCAUCUCAGCCGCCUUUGUCGGCAUGGCCGCGUCUUCUGCAUUUUUCAUCAUGAUUAAAUACGGAAAGCCACUUCGAGUCAAGAGUGCUAGCAAAUACUGGGAACUUGUGAACGGCGACAAGGCCAAGGCGGAGGGUAAAUAG